UUCACAGAGGUGAAACUCAGACGGCAUCUUCUUACUGGUGAAGAAGUUGCAACAAAAAUCAUGGACCAAGUUGCUUUAGGGGAUGACUUGCCUCGUGUUGGAACAGCAAUUGGUGCCAUGAAGAACUGAAGUCAUCAAGAUGUUUGCCAAUUGCAUCAUGUAACAGAGACAUCAAAGAAAAUAUUCAUGGUCUUGGAGCAUUGUCCUGGAGGGAAGCUGUUUGAUUAUAUUGUUUCUAAGGACCACCUUUCAGAAGAGGAAGCUCGAGUCUUUUUUCAACAGACUGUUUCAGCAGUCGCUUAUGUUCCCAGUCAGGGUCGUGCCCACAGAGACCUCAAACCAGAAGAUCUGUUGAUUGUUGAGAAACAUGUUCCUCAUAAUUUGAAGCUGACAGACUUUGGACUCUGUGCAAAGCCAAAGGGAGGCCUUGAUGACCACCUGAACACAUGCUGUGGAAGCCCAGCAUGUGCAGCACCAGAGCUAAUCCAGGGCAAAGCCUAUAUUGGCUCAGAGGCAGAUUUUUGGAGCAUGGGUGCACUGCGGUACGCUGUGCUGUGUGGGUUUCUUCCUUUUGAUGAUGGCAGUGUGAUGGCACUCUACAGGAGGACAACAGGAGAGAGGAAAAGACACUGUUCCAAAAUGGCUUUCCCCUAGCAGCACGCUGCUACUUGACCAACUGCUGCAGGUAAAAGAGCUGCUUCUAUUCAGAGUGAUGUACAAAAUGCUGUUGCAUCAGCUCAAAACAUUGAUGGAGCGCUUAGAAAAUAUGCAGUGUUUAAACAAGUUAAACUGCUGCAUGCCUGAUGUCCUUGAAGAAAAGGUUAGCAUUGCCUUGUGCUGAAAAUUCUCCAAUAGUAACGUAGUACUAGUUAAUGGUUAUAGAAAUGAUUGCAGUUUUAAUAAUUACACAGUCUUCAAGCAGCUUGCGUUUGGAUGUUCUUAAUUGUGCUGUGUAAUUAAAAGUGAUCUGUACACAAAAGCUGUUUCUCAAAGGAAGCUGGAUGUACUGAGUGUGCCUUUGGGCUGUAUCUACGCAGUCUCACAUACAACAUGCUGGUGGAACAUUUACUGUAACCGUAGGUGCUGUAACUGUUCUUCACAGCUCAGGUGUUUGACCUUCCUUCUGGUGAAGGGAAUAAAUACUGCUGGUCUCUAUUUGUGCUUCCAGGCACCUUGAAGUUGUUAGGAAAAGAAUAACUGUCUCCAGUUCUUCUGCACCUUCAGAAAGUUUGCAGGCAGCCCCGUGCUGAGAGGUGUGGUGGAUCAAACAGGAGGUAGGGAUCUCAUCCUGGUGGUAUUCAGGGCCGGGUUGGAUGAGGCCUGGGCAGUUUGAUCUGGUGAGUUGCAGCUUUGCAGCUUGGAGCUUGAUGGUCUUUAAGGUCCCUUCCAACUCAAGCCAUUCUAUGAUUCUCUGGAACUGUGCUUGUGCUCCUUAUCUCUCAGUUGUCUGACCUGUGUGAGAGGUUGGGGUAGCGGGGUUGGGGUGGGGGUGGGAAUUGGGGGUGUGAGGGAGAUUCCUGCUGUGGAUACUGAAGUUGCUGUGUAUUUGCAGCCAAUGGCUGCUGCUGGCCUCUGGGUGCCACUGUUUCUCUGAAGAACAGCUGUGCUGAUCGUACACCACUGUGCUGUGUGUGCCGUGCAACUGAAUAAUUAAGAGGGGAUAGAGGUGUAACUUGUGCUCUAGUGAAAAUCUCAUCUGCUGACAGGCUUUUGUACUUGAAUGCAGAACCUGUUGCCACAGAGGGACCAGUUGCUGAAGUUUGGUGACUCUGUUUACUCCUUGCAGUAUUUAGCCCUGAUGCUAACUAUUUAAAAUAGAAAAUCUGAAGUGGUGGCUAACUGUUGACUUGAUUGCUGCAUAUCAGAAGACUAUCAUGGUGAUAUUGGCUCUGUGAGAUGACUUGGAAGCUGUUUCUUCAGUACAGGUCUUGUUCUUGCAGCUGGGGCACCUUGAUGAAGACUGUGCAACAGAACUUGCUGUGUUUCACAACCAGAGCAGAGAGAGUAUAUCAGCAUUAAUAUCAGAGGUGGAAUUGUGACCAGAUGUCACAACCUAUCUCUUGCUUCAAUCCAGGAAGGUUCGUGGCAAGCGCAUCCACUUAAGGAUUCCAUCACAAACGACGUGCAGUACAACACAGCCAGCAAGCCAGGGAAGAAUCUCAACUGAACACUUCUUUUCAGUCUGAAAAGGCUGUGACAUCUGAAGAUGUGCCAGGUUGCAGCCAUGUGCCACAUGCGUUUGGAUCCAUGGGAUUUGCUGAUGGAACUGCAUUGUUUGAAGAAUCUCCACUAGAAGAGUUUGUUCUAAAUGCUCACAGAACAAAGCAGGUGUCUGAAGAUCCAGUGCUGGUUUCUGACAGAAAAAAUACAAUUCUUAAUCCAGAAA